ACAUGAUGGCAAAAGUUAGUGCGGCUUGUGUGCUUCUGGUUUGCCUGUGGCUCAGAGCGAGCACAGCCCUGCCAGCGUUUGAAGAUGACCGCGAUUUGGAUAGAGAACUUUAUAUCCGCCAGCUCGCCGAAUGGUUAGCCGAUCAGUCAACAGAUUUCCUAAACGAUCUUACCAACUUCCCACCCUGCCGACCGUGCAGCAGUAGCUACAGCGAACACCGCCAACCCAUAGCCGUCGUCCAGAGGGCACCGUACGCGAAACGUAACUCCGAGCUCAUCAACUCUCUGCUAAGCCUGCCGAAAACGAUGAACGAUGCUGGCAAGUAAA